CGGCGCGGCGCUUUACGGCUGCCGUGCUUCUCGUCUCCGCCGGCAUGGAGGGUGAGGAGUUGGAGAGGGAAGAUGGGGAGCCGGAGGCUGUGGAAGGGAUAGAUGAGAAACCAGAGGCGGUGGAGGAGCAGGAGGAAUCCGAAGAGGCGGUUUGUGGCGCCAAGAAGAGGGUGGUGCCUGGUAUUGUGUACUUGGGCCACCUCCCGCCCCGCUUUCGGCCUCUGCAUGUACGGAACCUUCUCAGCGCGUAUGGCGAGGUCGGGCGCGUCUUUUUCCAGCCCGAGGACGGGUUCGUGAGGCGCAAGAAGAAGGCAGCGGCAGCCUCGACAGCGGGAGGCAAAAAGCGGUCCAAGUACAGCAAGGACUACACCGAGGGCUGGGUGGAGUUCCGGGACAAGCGAGUAGCCAAGCGCGUGGCAGCGAGCCUUCACAACACGCCCAUGGGGGCCCGAAAGCGCAGCCCCUUCCGUUAUGACCUAUGGAACCUCAAGUACCUGCACCGUUUCACGUGGUCCCACCUCAGCGAACAUCUUGCCUUUGAGCGCCAGGUGCGCAGGCAGCGCCUGAGGGCCGAGGUUGCCCAGGCCAAGCGUGAGACUGACUUCUAUCUUCGAAGUGUGGAACGGGGACAGCGCUUCCUUGCUGCUGAAGGGGACUCUGCCCGCCCGAAUGGCACCUGGACCUUUGCCCAGCGUCCUACUGAGCAAGAGCUGAGAGCCCGGAAGGCAGCUCGGCCAGGGGGACGUGAGCGGGCUCGCCUGGCAAAUGCCCAGGACCAGGCUCGCUCCAACCGAGGGCUGCUUGCCAAGAUCUUUGGAGCCCCACCACCUUCAGAGAGCAUGGAGGAGCCCUGAGUAGUCAAGAACUCUUGAAAGGCAGGAGACCCUUUCCAUCUCCUAGCCUUGCUUCCUGUCUACCUGAUAAUAACUACUGACAGUGAUUAUAUUAUCUUUCUAAGACCAGGAGUCUGGUGGGUGCUUAGGCAUAGAUGUCUUGUGGGGCUCUGGUCCACCCUCCAACUCCUGUUGCUUGGCUGAGGCACCCAAUUCAUACUAGCAAGAGUAUGACUACGGCAGGAUGCCAAUUUUGCUUGAUUCUUGACUGUCUACUUCUGCCCAGUGAGAUCCUCUCAAAAUCCCACUUCCUGGGCGGAGGAAGAACCUUUACUUCAAGCUAGAGUGAUAAAGCCCACUCCAGGCAGCUGUUCCACCAACUAUAGAUGAAGGGAAGCUGCAACAUCCUUUUUAUUUGAGAAGAUUAACAGGGCCUGGGGGUAAAGGGGUGGGACUGGGUUGGGAGCCACCUUCCAAGUAAAUGUAUAGGAAAGAAAAAAAAAAAAAUAUAUAUAUAUAUAUAUAUAUUUAUAUGCCUUUGUAGUUUAUUGGGGGCAUGGGGGGUGUUUUAUAAAUUCUGACUUUUAUCCCCUCAUGUCCCGUUCAUUUCCCCUUUACUUCAUCUCCUGGUCUCAUAGCCACCAUUCCUCCCCGACCCUCCCAAUUCAGCCUGGACCCUUUUCUAUCUAUCACAUUAACUUCUUAGCCCAUAUCUAGUUCAGCCUUUACUAAGUCACUAUAUGAGGACAUGGGGAUAGUAGGUAAUAAUAACCCUUGGCUUCAAGAUAGCCCUUGACUUCAAGAGUUGCCACUAGAAAGAGACAUUAAAGAAAUAAAUGUACAGAUGGAGCUCCUGGGUGGCUCAGUGGGUUAAAGCCUCUGCCUUCGGCUCAGGUCAUGAUCCCAGGAUCCUGGGAUCAGGACCCGCAUCAGGCUCUCUGCGCCACAGGGAGCCUGCUUCCUCCUCUCUCUCUGCCUGCCUCUCUGCCUGCUUGUGAUCUCUGAUUGUCAAAUAAAUAAAAUCUUUAAAAAAUUAUUUUCAAAAAAAAAAAUGUACAGAGGUACUGCAGGCAUCACGGUAGAUUUCUAUCGGGGAAAGUAGGGGCCCUGGGAGGGUAUGGUUGACUCUCCAGGAAGGUAAGCAGUGCUAAAUACGCAGCUGAUACCCGAUCACACUCUUCCGAGAUGGGUCCAUUUUCACCAGGCUUUCCAGAUCAUUCCUGAAAAGUGAACAGAAGUCUGACUGAAACUGGUGUAGUCCUGUUGGAAACAAAAGUUGGUGGGUAAAGUGUUGGGUUCAAAUCACUAAAGGUAGACAAAGCCUGGGAGGUAGUUGGGCACAAACGAUGCUCCACAGAUACACUUGUGGGAAUUAGGGCUCACAUGAGGGAGGGUUCACAGGCAACAUGCAGAGCAGGCCUGGAGGCCACAAAGAAGGUAAGCCACUAAGAGAAACUGAAAACAAGUGUCACAGUAAAUGAAAACAAAUUCAAUAAAUAAAUACAUAAAUUAAAACUGGUUAAGGGUUCCUGGCUGGCUCAGUUGGUGGAACUUAACUCUUGAUCUUGGGGUUGUGAGUUUGCCGCAUGCUGGGUGUAGAGAUGACAUUAAAAAAAGUUAGAAAAGGAACACAGGGUGGCUCAGUUGGUUAAGAGUCUGCCUUCAGCACAGGUCAUCCCAGGGUCCUGGGAUCGAGCUCCACAUUGGGCUCCUUGCUCCACCAGGGGUCUGCUCCCUCUGCCUCUCCCCCUGCUUAUGCUCUUAAAUAAAAUCUUUUAAAAACUGGCCAAUAUCUAGGAAUUAUAGGAAGUUGUGGAGUGAUUAUAAUAAUCUGGGUUUUGCUUGUGCUGUUUUUUCCCCCCAAUGUCCUCAAUAUUUACUGAUUCUUUCUUUGGGUAAAGUGGAUUAAUGCACUUAUUUGGCUCUAAAAUAAAAUCUUGGUCAUGUUAA